AUGUCAUCCUACGCAAAGGAGCUCGAGGUGGCCCAGCUGGCCGUCCAGCGCGCCUCCAUUCUCACCAAGCGCGUCUUCCACGAAAAGGCAAAGGGCACCGUCGACAAGAACGACAAGUCCCCCGUCACCAUUGGCGACUUUGGCGCCCAGGCCCUCAUCAUCGCCGCCCUCCGCCACCACUUCCCCGACGAUGAGAUCGUCGCCGAGGAGGAGGCCGCCCAGCUGCGCUCCGAAUCCCAGCUCCGCGAUCAGAUCUGGGACCUCGUAAAGACCACCCAGCUCGACGACGCCGCCGCCGAAGCCUCCCUCGGCGGCGGCAUCGCCUCCGCAGAGAGCAUGAUGGACAUCAUCGACCAAGGGAACAGCAAGGGCGGCGCCGCCGGCCGCAUCUGGGCCAUUGACCCCAUUGACGGCACAAAGGGCUUCCUCCGCGGCGGCCAGUACGCCGUCUGCCUGGCCCUCAUGGUCGACGGCGACGUGAAAGUCGGCGUCCUCGGCUGCCCCAACCUCCCCGUCGACGACAAGGCGCCCCUCGCCGCCGACAUCGGCUCCAACGCAAACGACGACACGGGCUACGGCGUCAUCUUCUCCGCCGUCCUCGGCCAGGGCGCCACCUCGCGGCCCCUCCGCACCGGCGCCAUCG